AUGUCGCCCGCCGGCGGGGCAAGAUCCGGCAUCUUUCGCCGCUUCCUACUCCCCGGUGCAGUUGCUACAUCCGGUGCUGUCCUACUCUACAGCUACCGGCCGCGCGAUUUCACUGGACAUUCGUCUCCCGCUGUUCCGCCCCCUACUUUCGGCGCAGAUGGCACCUUCAAGCUUCCUCGGUUCCCCCGCGUCAAGUCGCGCAACGAACAAUUAAACCACCUUCGCGAGAGCUCCCGCCCAGACGUUCAGGAGUAUGAUAUGCUCAUUAUUGGAGGCGGCGCCACUGGCGCUGGCGUCGCCCUCGACGCUGCUACUCGUGGCCUCAAAGUUGCUGUGGUCGAGCGCGAUGACUUCAGUAGCGGCACCAGCAGUAAGAGCACCAAGCUUGUGCACGGCGGAGUGCGCUACCUCGAAAAGGCAGUUUGGAACCUCGAUUACAGUCAAUACAUGCUGGUCAAGGAGGCUCUCAAGGAGCGCAAGUAUUUCCUCCAGACGGCCCCUCAUCUGAGCUCCUGGCUGCCCAUCAUGCUACCCCUCGACAAGUGGUGGAAAGCACCCUACUACUGGGCUGGUACCAAGUUCUACGAUUUUCUGGCUGGCAGCGAAGGCAUCGAAAGCUCCUACUUCCUCACCCGCAGCAAAGCUCUUGAAGCUUUUCCUAUGCUAAAGCAAACAGACCUGGUUGGCGCUCUCGUCUACUAUGACGGUGCCCACAACGACUCGCGCAUGAAUGUUUCCAUCGCCAUGACUGCCGCUCUCUAUGGUGCAACUGUUGUCAACCACGCCGAGGUCACGGGCCUCUUGAAGGACGACCAGGGCAAGCUCUGCGGUGCCAAGGUCAAGGACCUCGUCGCAGCCAAAGAUGGUCGGCCGACGGAGGAUAUCACCGUCCGCGCCAAGAGUGUCAUCAACUGCACUGGACCCUUUACCGACUCGAUUCGCAAGAUGGACGACCAAAAGUGCAAGGAAAUUGUCGCCCCGGCCUCUGGAGUUCACGUCAUUCUCCCUGGUUACUUCAGCCCUGGAAAGAUGGGUUUGAUCGAUCCCUCAACGUCAGAUGGCCGAGUUAUCUUCUUCCUCCCCUGGCAAGGCAACACCAUCGCUGGUACCACCGACUCCCCAUCCACCAUUUCACCUAACCCCCUCCCUGAUGAGAAGUCGAUCGAGUGGAUCUUGAGCGAGGUUAGCCACUAUCUGUCUCCUGAAAUCAAUGUGCGCCGAGGCGAUGUCCUCGCCGCCUGGUCCGGUAUUCGCCCCCUGGUCAAGGAUCCCAAGGCUAAAAACACGGAAUCUCUGGUUCGCAACCACCUGAUUGAUGUGGCCCCGUCAGGCUUGCUCACCUGCGCUGGUGGUAAGUGGACAACCUACCGUCAGAUGGCCGAGGAGUGUGUAGAUGCUGCUAUCGAUGAGUUCGGACUCAAGCCGAAGCCGGUCCGGGAUGCUCCUCGAGUCAGCGGAACUGAGAUGAUUGACGACGGCGCGAUCCUCGACGGUACAUGCCAAACGCAUAAGGUCCGCCUUGUUGGUGCUCACGGCUUCAGCAACACUCUUUUUAUCCCUCUCAUUCAACACUUCGGCGUUGAGACUGAGGUGGCAAAGCAUCUGACUGAGUCCUAUGGCGAUCGUGCCUGGACUGUUGCCUCUCUCUGCAAGCUCACAGACAAGCGAUUCCCUGCUCGUGGCGAGCGUAUCUCCCAGCUGUACCCCUUUGUUGAUGGCGAAAUUCGCUACGCUGUUCGACACGAGUAUGCCCAGACCGCUGUUGACGUCCUUGCCCGACGCACACGGUUGGCGUUCCUCAACGCUCAGGCUGCUCUCGAAGCCCUGCCCAAGGUCGUGGACGUUAUGACUGAGGAGCUCAAGUGGGAUCGCCAGAGACAAGAUCACGAAUGGAAAGAAGCUGUUGCCUACCUGGAGUCGAUGGGUCUACCAAAACCCAUGCUCACAACGACGCGUAAGCAGGUCGAGCAAGGAAAGCUCGACUUUGCCAAUUCUCUUGAGUGGAAGAUGUAUUCGCGUCACGACAAGCCAUCGGAGGACGAUUGA